GGAGACUGAAUAACACUGUAGGGACUGACCCGAGGUCCCGACUGUAUAGAGUGACCAGGAAGCUGGAGAAUAGAAGCUUACACAGGACUACUCCCCUUUCCAAGUUGACAGUGAAUCUUCCAGUCCGCCCAUUUUGAAAUUCUCGUGGUCUGCUCCUUCAGGUUUGGUUGGAGCUCCAUAGCAAGGACCAUGCUUUAUGUUAACAUCUUGACCCCUGACCGUGUCCCCGAAUUUUUCAUCCCACCCAAGUUCACUCCGCAAGAACUGGCCCGAGGUAUGAGCUCAUCUGCUGCACAGAGAGGCCUCAGGGAGUGUCACAUUGCAGUCCCUAGAUCCUGGGGGCUCUUGGGGCCACUCCCUGGCUCAGAGGAUGGUCACACUGAUGGAGACAGCACGGACUGGGACCCUACAUCACAGGCUGCCCUGUCACUGCCUCAUUUUCCCCGGGCCUCCACCCCUUACGGUUUCUGUCGGUUACUGGAAAGUCCUCACACGAGGCGGAAGGAGUCACUCUUCCACAACCAAGGAUUGCCUGCAGGGUUAACGUUCCCCUUCACCCAGCUCUCUGCCCCUGGUUCUGCAGGCAGUGAGCCGGGCAUCUCUCUCAAAUCACCCCCUGUCACCCCGACCCGGGCGCUGAGCAGUCUCCGGACUUGGGGCUUGAAGAAGACUCUGGGCAGUUCAACGAGGAAGGAGCCAAGGAGGCACAACUCCCUGCCCAGCUCCACGGACAGCAGCACAGACCAUAGGCUCAGGUCAGUCGGUGCUCCCUUCACCGCAGGGAUCAUAGCCCUCGGGCACAGCCUAACGAAGGAGAGCACUGCCACUCUAGGAGACACUGGCAUCUUGCGGCUGCGGACUGAAUAUUGCAGUGGGAGACAGCGGGUCUGGCUACGGCUACUGAGUUUGGAGGGUCUGUACGAACGGUACACGGAUUGCCAGACCAUCAGCUGCUGCCUGUCCCUCUACCUGCAACCAGGUAAAAGCCAGAAGCAGCAAACUGCCAUCAUUCGCAGAAGCAGGAACCCAAUCUUCAACCAAGACUUCUUCUUCUUUGGAAUUCCUGAGGACCAGUUGCACUCCAAGUUUUUUAAAAUCAAAGUUAUUAACAAAGCCUCCAGGAUGAAAAGGGGCUGUGUACUAGGUGUUUGCCAGCUGUGUUUAGCCAAUAUUUUACCAAUGUAGGUGCAAUAUAAAAUGUG